AUGUCUGCUAUGCAGAGAGAAGUGUUGAAGGGUAAAAUAGGCGGACUACCGCCAAUGCCACCACCUGGUUUGGGUGGUUCAUCAGGCGGUAGGAAGGGCUUUCAACGAAGAAGAGACUAUUCUCCAGUUCACUGGGACAAAUACUUUCAAAAAAUGCAUGAUGUCAAAUUAGACGAAGAAAAUAUAUUCCGGGUGUACGAAUGUGGAGAUGAAGGACCUGUUCUGUUUUUUCUCCACGGAGGAGGAUUCUCAGCUUUGUCUUGGGCAGUUCUUUCAUCUGUCAUCUCCAAUCUAGUUGCUUGUCGAUGUGCUGCAAUUGAUCUCAGAGGCCAUGGUGACACAUCUACAUCUGAUGAUAAAGACCUGUGCAUAGAGACAUUGUCCAGUGAUGUUGGAAAGGUCAUAGAGAAAUUAUAUGGGGACAACCCUCCACCUGUAAUACUCAUUGGUCACAGUAUGGGUGGUGCUAUAGCAGUUCAUACCGCUCACAGAGAGCUAGUACCCACCUUGAUUGGCCUGGUGGUUAUUGAUGUUGUUGAAGGCACAGCUAUGGAAGCAUUGAGCAGUAUGCAAACAUUUCUUCGCAGUAGACCAAAGACAUUUAACUCACUGGAGCAGGCAAUAGAGUGGUGUGUACGUAGUGGUCAGGUCCGGAAUCUAGAGUCGGCCAGGGUCUCUAUGGUUGGACAGGUCAAAAGAGUGGAUACAGAUGAGACAGCCACUGCAGUGUUAGACCACGAGGUGGACGCAGCUGCCAACAGUUGUAAUCAAAACACCACCAUAGCAGAGGAGCAGGAGGAAGAAGGGGAGGCAACCCACAAGGAAUGUGAUAACACAAAACCUGUGACACAUGAUCAAGGGAAUGUGUCAGAUGUGAAGUACACAUGGAGGAUUGACUUGUCAAACACAGAGCAAUUCUGGCCGGGCUGGUUUAAGGGUCUUUCCCAACUGUUUCUUGAGUGUCACGCAUCUAAGUUGUUACUGUUGGCAGGUGUUGAUAGAUUGGACAAAGAUCUAACUAUAGGCCAGAUGCAGGGCAAGUUCCAGAUGCAGGUGUUACCACAGUGUGGCCAUGCAGUUCAUGAGGAUGUCCCAGAUAAGGUUGCUGAUGUGCUGGCCACAUUCAUGGUACGACAUAAGGUGGCAGAGCCUACAGCAAAUUUUCACAGAACGUUUCCAGCCUGUUGACAUUGGGCAAUUUCUGGCUUUAUCCGAAUAGUGUUGACAAUAGUUGAUAUCUGGCUGUACCUGGAUUAUGUUGACGAUGGGUGAUACCUGGCUAUAUGAGAUCAUCUUGGCAGUGGGCAAUAUCGGGUUGUGUCGGGAUGAUGUUGAUGAUUGGACAUAUCUUGCUCUACCUGCGUCAUGACCUUACGGGGCCUUAUUUGGUUUUACCUGGGUUGUGUUGACAUUGGCUCAAAUCUAACUUCACCAUGGCCAUGUUGUCAUUGGUCAAAUCUGACUUGGCUUGGGUCAUGUCGACAAUGGGUCAAACCUAAAUUUACUUUGGUCAGAUGGACUUUAUGUCAGAUCUGGUUGACUUUGGGUCUUACCUCGCCGUUAUUCAGGCUGUAUUGACACCAAUCAAAUAAAUGAACACAUAUACUGACAGUUUGUCAGAUGUGGCAGACUGAGUCACAUUGACAUUGGGUGAAAUCUGGCCCAAACUGGGACCUUGACAUUAUCCAUGGUGGGCUUUAUCUGGUUAAUGUUGACAAACACCACAGUAAUGAUUGACUUUCAAACCAUCAAGCCCUCAGACAUUUUGAUUGACUUGCAAAGAAGCCUUCUCUUUGAUAACAAUUUUCAUGUUGAUGCACUCUCAACAUCACAUUCUAAUAAAUCAAAUAAAAUAAAUACAUGUAUGACAUGGAAAAAGAAUAGUAGUUUUAUGGGCUGUGACAGAAAUAACCAGUGUUUCAUUGUGUCCAGGAUGCAGGGAUUUCCUUUAUUAGUUAGUAUAAAUUUAAGUGUAUAUUCCUUGUAAUAAACUUGCCUGUUUGAAAGGUGGUAGAUAAACCAGUUAGAAAUUUCUGGCUGUUUUGAUGAAGAUGUGACAUAAUUCUACUUUGAUUCAUCCAGUCACUUUUCUUAGCUCUUACAAGGUAUUUUUCGGAAGUGUUUACAUAUAAACACAAUGGUUCAGUUGUCAAAGAUAGAAUUAUAUCAGGUGCAAUGUUGGCUAAUGUUGGGCCACUUUUUUUUUUAAUCACAACUGCAGUCAUCAAUCAGAAAAAUCAUUGUUCACAAGGUUUUAUUUUUGUUAGCCUAUCCAGUAUUAAGUGAGGCACAAAAGCCAUGUUAGAGAUUUUUAGUGUUAAAUGUCCAUCUGAAAUGUAUCAAUUUGAAAUCACUUAAGUGACUACCACUCGGAAUCGCAACUUCAACACACCUGUAGCAUGAAGGAAAGAAUCUGAUGAGUUGGAGCAGGUAUAUCUUCAGAACUAGUUCCCUACCAGAGCAGUUCUAGAUCUGACUUUAAAUGUUGGGGAGAUUGGGCAUGUUUGUAUUUUAAAUGGAUUCUUGAAUCAUCAAAAAAACAUGAAAAACAAAAAAAAAAUGUUCAGAUAUCCAUGUCUACAUAUGACAUGUACAUUUAAGAAUGCCAUAAAGGGUUUCAAAAGAUUAAUUAGGUGAUGUUGUUCACAUAUACUGAGGGUUACUAAGUGAUGAACGUCAAAAAAACAUAGGUUGGCUUGAAUUGGCAUCCAAAAUACCUAUGCCUUGUUAUCUACCGGCUGGUAAAACUUAAUAUUUAGGACUUGAAGCUUGUGAGGGAGGCCUCCAUAGUUCAGCGGUUAGCUGGACAAUGCAGCACAAUCACCCAGGACCCUCUCACCCAUUGAUCGCUGCCAGUUCAAGUCCAUCUCAUGCUGGCUUCAUCUCUGGUCGUACAUGUGAAGGUCUGCUAACCAUUUGUGGGCGGUCGUGUGUUUUCCCCGGUUUUCCUCAAACUCUAAUGCUAGCAGCAGUUGUAGAAGUGAAAUAUUCUUGAAAUAGGACAUAAAACUCCAAUCAAAUAAAUAAAUAAAUAAAUAAAAUAUCAGGUUAUUGAGCGAAAUGAUCAGAUGUUGUAUUUCACUUGCAUGGAUUACUAGAAUCGUUCAGUGCUGAACUCCAUCUCCAUAAGCUGACAAAUCCUGUGUUGUGAAUAGAAUGACGAAUAUGAUUUCAGAAUAUUUAUUUAUAUAUUGUUAACAUAUAUGAUUAUGUUUUGUAAAACAUUUCGUAAAAUUUAAGUCAUAUGCCAUAUAACAUGUACCAUUAAUUAUGGUAAAUGAUAACCUGCCUUUUAUUGCCGUAUACUUUGUCUGUUUUCAGUUGGUAUAAUUUGUUGAUGUAUGCAGUAAUGACUGAUAUAUUUGCUACUGAUUGACGGCUGGGUUAGAUAGAUAACUUCUAUGCCAAAGGUAGGCCAAUAUCUGGUCUAACAUAAUAGUGUUAGUCAUUCCUAACAGUAGCUAUUUGUGAAUGAUAGUAUUAUUCCGUUGUAAUGGAUGUACUAUAAUAAAGAAUGUGUAUUUGUAAAUAACCUCAAAUGUUGAACGCUCUGUAUAUGUGCAUGUAUGUAUUAAA